CGAGAUUAUGAGCAACCUCAAGACAGUGUGUGCUUAUUCACUACACAGUCUUAUCUGGCGUGUAGUUUUUGCCUGGUGAAGGACAACAAUAUUAUUAUUUUUAAGAUAAUGGAAUAAAAUCAGUUCUCUGUUGCCAAUGGAGGACUGCAACAGACCCAGUAAAGACUCGAGACUCUAGCAGUUACAACUGUGGUUACCGAAGAGGCGUACAGUCAGAAGGGUGUAAUCUGAUAUUAUUACGCUACAUGUUUUUGGAGGUGUAAGUGAUAUCUUAUUAAACACAAGCUCACAAUGUUGGAAAGAACGCCUUCAUCGUCGAGUAUUGAGGAGGAGAAGGAACAGAAGGAGCCUCUUGUAUUUGAGGACAGCUCGCACACAAGAAACGUCCUAAACCAGCUGCGUGAGAUGCAUAAACGGGGCCAGUUUUGUGACGCCAAGUUGUUGGUUGGUGAGCACGAAGUCGGGAUACACAGGGCGGUGCUGGCUUCGUCAAGUUCUUACUUUUUUAAGCUGUUUGAAGCGCAGGAUGAUGAGGAGAGGCUGACGAUUAAAAUGUACAAGCUGAAAGAUAUAUCAUGGGACAGCUUCAAACCCUUGCUCGACUUCAUUUAUACUGGCAGACUGGAGGUUGUGGAAGACCAGGUGAAGGCUGUAUACAACCUGGCCCAGGACCUGCGGGUUCAUGCUGCGACACAAGCCUGUGCCCAACACCUCAUCACCUGCCUCACCCCAGAUAACUGCCUAGGGAUUCGGUGUUUUGCUGCAGAUGAUCAUUUCAGAGAAACGGUGAGCCAGUACAUAGAUGCAAACAUCCGUGAUGUGACCAAUAGCAAGAAGUUCUACGGGUUGAAGAAAAUAUCGCUGGAAAUUGUGGUACCUGAUGAAUUAAGGAUCAACUCUGCUGUAAAUGAGGAGGUUCUACCAGGGGUCAUGACUUGGCUUAAGGAGAAACUACCAGACUGCAAGAACAAGAUUGAAUUCCUUACUGAAAAUAAUAUAAUGUUGUACCUAAAUUCCAACAACUCGGUGACGGACUGUAACGAUGUGGAAGAUGCCACCAUACAAGAGAACGACCUGGUCAAGGACUACAAGCGGCUUACACAGAAAAAACAGAGUGGGAAGGUGAUCAACAAGGACUCUAUCUCACCGGAGACAAUGGGUGCAAACUACCGCAAGUUCAACAUCGAGCCAUACAGCACGAAGGAGAAGGAAUGGUCGAUAGUCGCCUCAUAUAAAACCAAGGAACGCUCCUACAUGGUGAUAGCAAUAGUGAAUGGAACCAUGGUAACCAUUUCUAACCACUACCGCCUGGCAACUCAGUCUGUUGCUGGGGAGGAUGGGCCCGAAUUACCCGAACUCACGAAUAGGCUAGCACCAUCCAUUGAUAUUGAGACAGAUUUGUCUAACCUGCAGGGUAUGUCCUCCAACAGGUGUGCAUUUGGGAUGAAGUCUCUUGAUGGAAAACUGUUUGUGUGUGGUGGAUAUGACCGAGGUGAGUGUCUGAAGUCUUCAGAGAUGUACGAUGUGGAGACAAACACGUGGACUCAGCUUGCUGACAUGAUGUCGCCCAGGGGUCGGUUCAGUAUUGGGCAAGAUGGUGAUUGUAUUUAUGCGUUUGGAGGCUCAAACGGGAACCAAGACAUGAGAACUGUGGAGUGUUACGACAAGACAACGGGGAAAUGGUCUGUCCUCACACAGGCAGACAGGGGUGUCGCAUCCCCAGGCAUCACUGUGCUGAACGGGAAGAUGUAUGUUCUGGGAGGUUGUAUGGGCCAGAAGACGGUGACAUUGUGUAAGACCCUGGAUCUCAACACUCUAAACUGGGACACUGUAGCGCCUAUGAAAGUUGCUCGGUUCCAAGUAGCCAUUGCAGUAUUCCACAACAAGAUAUACGCCAUUGGGGGGACGAAUGACUGGAAGUGCCUGAACGAAGUAGAAGUUUAUGAUCCAGUCACGAAUGAGUGGUCCCAGCAUUCACAUAUGAAUAUUGCACGGAGAGGGGCCGGGGUGGAUGUCUACAAGGGUAAGAUUUACGUCGUAGGCGGAAAUGAUGGCACAUCUGCGCUGAACACGACAGAAAUCUAUGAUCCAGAGAGCCACACUUGGACACUGGGACCUACAUUGAUGGCCCAGAGGGCUAACUGCGGAGUUGCUGUUAUGAAAGAUAGAUUAUUUGCGGUCGGGGGAUUUAACGGAAAGAAAUUUCUGAAGUCCAUUGAAUUUUUGGAUCUCGAUAUAAAAGAAUAUUGGAGAAAGGACGCUCCUUUGAAUGGAAAUGGAAAUAGACUGAGUUCAGAUGGAAGUAUAAAAAGCGAUGAUGGAAGCGCUAGAAGUGAUGAUGGAAGCACUAAAAGUGAUGAUGGAAACACGAAAAGUGAUGAUGGUAACACGAAAAGUGACGAUGUCAUCAAAAAUGGUGACGUCAAUGAUAAAGGUUUGAAGAACAUCGACAGUGGUGUUACAUGUAAUGGGCGUUAAAAACUCAUCAUAACUUUGGAUAGUUGUGAUUAUUUGCAGAUAAUUGUACAUAUUUGUUCUCACAUAGACAUCUUGGUUGCCCUGAGGUGUACUUUAGAGAGUAUAUUAUAAUGAGACACAUUCAACACUUUGAUGAAAUAAUUUACAAAUUAAAAUUAUUGUUAAAAGAAAGUUGUAUCUUUACAUUUAAAAUCAUGUUAUUGUCUGUUUUUAAAUGUUGUCUGUUCUGGUUCUUGCAGUUGUUAUUACAUAUUUGUACAUGUAUGUAUUCGUUAAUGAACAGAGACUAACAAUGCGUCACCCUAUUGCAAGAACACAAUAACUGCAUAUAGAAAUAGAAUGAGUUAUCAAGUUCUCGAAAUUCCUACUUAAAGAUGACAAAUGUGAGGGUUUGAUGAAAAAGGUACAUUAUUUCUUUGUGGUCACUGUUCACCCAUGUACCAUUUUGAACCAGUUAUAUUUUAUACAUAAAUAGAAUCUGAAAUAUUAGUGAUCAUGGUUUGCAUGUGUUCAAUUUUUUUUGCCCCCUGUAAUCCAGUGUGACAUUUUCUAAUUUAGUUUAGGGCUAUUCCGGUAAAACAUACAACCCAUGGGGUGAAGGCAAUUAUUUAAAUUUAUAGUAUAUGGGUGGGUGCCUUUUUUGCUAAUUUGGACACUGAAAGGGUAAAUUUGCUUCUGAAGGGGGUUAGUAUAUUUUAAAAACGCCUUCCCUCCGGGGUUUAUAUGAUAAAAUGGAAUAGCCCUUAGAAAAAAUCAUUCACAUUGCACUUCACAUAGUUAACAAUAGCCGAUAGGCUAGCAUUUCAGACUCUGGGUGUCCUUUGUGCAGACCAACCUGGAGUCUCAUUAACUCGGGACCCAGGGAUCAAUGGUUAAUUGUUCUUAUAACUUCAAAUCAGCAUUUGUUACUAAUUAUAUGUGAGAAUAAUAACUCAUGAAGGCGGCAACAUUUUGUACAAACAGGUCAAGUUUGAAUUUGUAAACAAACUUUCAAUUGUUACUGAGUUGUGGCCCAUUUUCAACUUAAAAAUUGCCAAAAUUGGUGUCUGGACAUUAUCUUAUGAUGGGUAUUAUUUUUGUUUCUCUUUUUCACUACUAUAAAAUACAGGUCAAGUUUGACUUUGGUAACAUUGCACCUGUGUCCGACAGAGUUAUGGCCCCUUUUCAAAGCAGUGGUUUACCAUUCCUGUGACCAGAUGGUGUGUGGGGGUUUUCGUCACUCCUGUGACAGCUCUAGUUUUUGUUAUAUCAGUUAUUUUUGGAAAUCAAAUAGUAUACACUAUAUUUGAUGAGAUUGAGAUAUAUUUAUGUGUCAUUUCAAAAGCAGUAACUGUAUUAUUAAUUUUGUUACUGCUCAAAGGAAAUAUUAUUUGCUGAUCAAUGAUGCUUUUUUGUCGGUCACAAUUAAAAAGAUAGUGUAUUGUUUAUUUUGUGUUCACAUGUUUCAGUCUGGUGUUUAUUGACUUGUUUUCAAUUGACAUUCUUAUUCCAUGUAUUUGCUCAUUGCAAAAUGAUUAUGAUAUGUAUUUUAUAAUUUGUUAUCAGGUGACAUUUUGCAUUGGUCUUAUUGAAAACUAAGAUAAUAAGAUACUUUUUGCUAGAAAUGUUUUUCAAUGCAUAUCUUAAAUGUUCAAGUCAGGUAUUAAUUUUCAGAAAAAAAAAGAAAAUUUAUUUUAUUCUUUUACAUUCCUGUCCAUUAAAUAUCAUUGUAUAUAUUGCAUGGACAGAAAGAAGUUCCUGUCCAUUUGAUAUCAGUGUAUAAAUUGCAUGGUCAGAAGUAGUUCCUCUUGUAUAAAAUGCAUGGUCUGGAAGUUGUUCCCUGUUUAAUAGUUGAUUCAUGUAGAGGCAACAUGUAAAUCAAAAAGUCUAUCAUUACAUAGUUUUGUGUUGGAAUAACAACAAUGUAAUAGUACAUGUAUGGUUUUAAUUACUUUCUACAAAAUAUACAACACCAACCAUUUUGGGGGAUUUGCGCCUGUUUGUUUUAUCACUGGUUACACUUGAACCAGGCUUCAUUGUUCUAUGGGGGGCAGAGCUGGCCUGCAAAUGACUGUCACCGAGAUGGUAAAGUGCAAAGUCACUUGAUCAGAUGUUACUAUACCGUCUGAUGCUCCUAAUCUGAAGUACUAUGUUUUAUAUUGCAUUGAAAAGGUGGCAUUUUGUUGUUUAUUAUUUUACUGACAAUGAAUUUGAAUGGCUGCUUACAUUGAAGCUUAAUUGUUUUUGGAAGGGAAAUGAGUUAUAGUAUUUAUUAUUAUAGUAUCAGCUUGUCUGUUUUUUGACAAGAAAAAAGUCAGUGUGUUAGCCUUGAUGUCCUAUAUUGUCAUCUCUGUCAUUGUGUGCAAAAACAUAACCCUUCCAAAAAAAUAAGUUAAGUGAAACUUGGUACACAUGUUUCCAGAGAAAUACUUUCUACUCGCACAUGCAUAGCAAGGCCCAUAACUCUGUGUUUAAAUACUGUCGAGUUACUCCCCUUGUUUUACUGAAUCAACACCAUGAACAGACGAGCAAUCGCCCUGCAGCGCUCUUGUUUUACAUAGGUAUUAUGUCGUCACCUUAGUGCAAGAACGCAAUAUCUGCUUUUAUGUCUAUAUUGAGUUAUUGCACUAAGGUGACGAUGUGUUAUAUUAAUGAUUAUAAUGAAGAAUGGAAUCUUGGAGAUUACUUUUAAAACAACUUUGUUUAGGAGAAUAUUGUUCUUCCAAAAUUACUAUUAUUGAGUUUUAUAAUGCAUGCAACUGCCCUAUUGUAUGUUUUUUACUAACAAUUCAUGUAUCCAGAGGCAAAGAAGGACUGAGAUAGAGCCUUUUUGAUACCAUUUGUAUGAUACAAAUGUGAUUUUUUGAGAUGCAGGGGUGGUGAGUGUGUGUGGGGGGGGGGGGUCAGUCAUUACUCCGAGUUUACAUUUUGCCAAUUUGCAUUUUACUUUGUUACAUUAAUAUGCUGCAACAUGACUUGACAUUCAUCUGUAAGCAUUGCAAACUUGUUUAAUGAGAAAAAAAUCGCUUCAUUUGUUGCCAUUAAAAGAAUAUGGGAAUACGGACAAAAAAUGUUUUUACAUUUUGUUCGAACAAAUGUUUUGCUAAAGUCCAUAUUGUUGUUUUCUUUAUUGGCUAUUUAUGUUGAUAUUGUAUUCAUUUGCAUGUAAAUUUAGCAACAUAAACCAGAUCUUUGAAUAAAUGUUAGCAGCUA